AUGUCUGACCAAGUCAUCCCUACAUUCAAGCUCGUUCUCGUCGGCGAUGGUGGAACCGGAAAGACGACCUUCGUCAAGCGCCACUUGACUGGCGAAUUCGAGAAGAAAUACAUUGCCACCCUCGGCGUCGAAGUCCACCCUCUCCAAUUCUCCACGAACUUCGGCACAAUCUGCUUCAACGUCUGGGAUACUGCCGGACAGGAGAAGUUUGGUGGCCUUCGGGAUGGCUACUAUAUCCAGGGCCAGUGCGGAAUCAUCAUGUUCGACGUCACCUCCCGCAUCACCUACAAGAAUGUUCCCAAUUGGCACCGUGAUCUCGAGCGCGUUUGCGAAAACAUCCCCAUUGUGCUGUGCGGAAACAAGGUCGACGUGAAGGAACGGAAAGUCAAGACUGGCGCGGUGACAUUCCACCGCAAGAAGAACUUGCAAUACUUCGAAAUCUCGGCCAAGUCGAACUACAACUUUGAGAAGCCCUUCCUCUGGCUGGCGAGGAAACUCGUUGGAAACCCAACGCUCGAAUUCGUCGCUGCUCCCGCUCUGGCUCCCGCUGAGGUUACCGUUGACGAGCAAUUGAUGAAGCAGUAUGAGGCUGAGCUGCAAAAGGCUGAGGCUGUCCCUCUCCCUGAGGACGACGAAGACCUUUAA